AUGUACCCGUACUACGAAAGCGAUUGGAGUAUUUUACCCCCGGAGCACAAUCGAAGGUACAGCCCGGGGUUGACGAUCAACAACAUCAAACAGGUGAUCAAUGAAACCAUCGAGACCAACAUCUUGCGGAAGCCGGCCCCGACCCGGCUGCGGGAGCUGAUACGCCAGAUACGGGCCUGUCGGACGGCGGCCGAGGAGCGUGCCGUCGUGAACACCGAGUGUGCCUACAUCCGGAGCACUUUCCGCGAGACGGACUGCAUUUGGAAGUGUCGCAACAUGGCCAAGCUCCUUUACAUCCACAUGCUCGGCUAUCCGGCCCACUUCGGGCAGGUCGAGUGCCUCAAGCUGGCCGCCAGCGCCAAGUACACCGACAAACGCAUCGGUUACCUGGGCGCGAUGCUUCUUCUGGACGAGCGGGCCGACGUGCACGUGCUACUCACCAAUUGCCUUAAAAACGAUCUGAACAGCCCCACACAGUUCAUCGUGGGCACCGCACUCUGUACGCUGGCCGCCAUUGCGUCACCGGAGAUGGCGCGCGACCUGUGCAACGACGUCGAGCGGCUGAUCGCCUCGACCAACGCCUUCCUGCGCAAGAAAGCGAUCCUAUGUGCCUUCCGGUUCGUGCGCCGCGUCCCGGAGCUGAUGGAAGACUACCUACCGAAGUGCGAGGUGUUCCUGGCGGACAAGAACCACGGCAUUCUAAUCGCAACCAUCACGCUGAUCACCGAAAUGUGCGAACAGAGUGUGGCCGUGAUGCGGUACUUUAAGUCGAUCAUCCCGACGCUGGUGCGGAUGCUGAAAUCGCUCAUCGUGACCGGCUACUCGCCCGAGCACCUGGUCAGCGGCGUCAGCGACCCUUUCCUGCAGGUGAAGAUCCUGCGGCUGCUGCGCGUCCUCGGCCACGGUGACCCGGCGCAGUCGGAGAUAAUGAACGACGUGCUGGCGCAGGUCGCAACGAACACCGAGACGAGCAAAAACGCCGGCAACGCGAUCCUCUACGAAACGGUGCUCACGAUCAUGAACGUCGAGUCGGAGAACAGUCUGCGCGUGCUGGCGGUCAACAUUCUCGGGCGCUUUCUGCUCAACAACGACAAAAACAUCCGCUUCAUAGGGCUGCUGACGCUCGUCAAGACGGUCCACAAGGACAUGACGGCCGUCCAGCGACACCGCAUCACCAUUCUUGAGUGCCUUUCGGAUGCCGAUCCCUCGAUACAGCGUUGUGCCAUGGAGCUUUCGUUCACGCUCGUCAACCGGCACAACAUCGAGAUGGUGGCCCGCGAACUGUUGCGCUAUCUGGAGUCGACGGACGCAGAAAUGAAGGCACUCUGCAGCAGCAAAAUCGUUCUGGCCGCCGAAACCUACUCGCCAUCGAUACACUGGCACCUGGACGUGCUGCUACGGAUCCUCACGAUCGCCGGAAACCACAUACGGGACGACGUGAUCUCGUCCACCAUACAGCUCAUCUCGAACAGUCCGGUACACGAGCAGCGCUUCAUCACCGGCAAGAUGUGGGAAGCGAUCAUGAAUAUGAACCAGCUGGAGAACCGUCAACCGUUGGUGCAGGUGUCCGUCUGGACGAUUGGCGAGUACAGCGAAGCCGGUGGAUUCGAUGAGUUUGAGCUGAUCGAACACUAUCGGCAACUUCUGUGGGCUCCCCAGCUAUCGAUCACCACCAAACAGUAUAUCCUCGUAUCGCUGGCAAAGAUCAGCGUGCGGAUAGAUGGCUGCACUCCAGAAAUACAAAACAUCAUCAACUCAUUCCGGGUCCACCUGAACAUCGAUCUGCAGCAGCGGGCGAACGAAUUUGCGCAACUGUUCACCGACUACCGGCACCUGCGGACGUCGCUGCUGGAAAAGAUGCCCAAACUGAAGCUUUCUGAGCUGACCAAUCAGGUGUACAACGCAGACUUUGCCUCGAGUGUCGCGAGUGAGGAAGUCGAGCACCAGCAGGAGGCGCCCGUGGAGGAGCCAUCGAAUCAGGACAUUCUGCUAGACCUGCUGGGGGAUUGCUUCACCAGUGAUGCGAAUGGCAACAACGCUCUGGCCGUCGUUCCUGUGCCCACCACCCAAACCCAUCUUCAGAGCUUCAAUCAAAACGCACCCAACGGCGAGUUCUUGGGUAUGCUUGGGCUUACGCAAGGCAACGGUCCGGUAAUGCAUCGCCCCGCCCCGAUGCCAAUGAUCCCUACGAUCGACGUGUACCAGAAGGACGAUAUCCACAUCCGCUUCUUUAUGCACCCAUACAAUCAAGCGCAGCCCGUGAACGGCAAUGCCUUCGAGCCACGGCCCGCGACAUCCGCUUCGGCCCGCAUCACCGUACAGACGGCCAACGGUUCGCACAAUACGAUCGAGAAGUUUGUCUUUCAGGCUGCCGUCCCCAGGUCUUUCACGCUGACCCUGCACGAACCGUCCGGAACGGUGAUGCCACCGGGCGGAAUGAUCAUGCAGGAUCUGCUCAUCACACGUAACGCCGCCAUCGGCAGUGGGUUGCGCAUGAAGGUGCGCUUUUCGUACGAAAUCGAAAACUACUCCAUGAUGGAACAGGUCGAUGUGAGCGACUUUCCGAGUGAUUUCCUACGCUAGCGGCCAGCCGGGGACAGGUGAUGAUGUGCGGCAGUGGACCGAGGAUAAGCCACGGCAAACGGAGGAACUGAGUAUCGCGCUCCGAGAUACAAACCUCGAGACGACUUCAAUUUCAAAGCAACACUAUGUAGAAAAAUUCUAAAACUAUACACCGCCGAUCGGUGCGACUGAAGGUACAAAACGGACCCCGAGCUAAAGGACCCCAUCCGGGAACGAACGUGUGAUAACAGGGGUCCUGUGCGCAGUGUCCCAACGAUCGGAAGCGGGUAGAGCUUUAAGCGUCCCUCGAAAAGAAAAAAGAAUUGGACAACUUUCUUUCCGAUCGGAGUUCUUUGCUCAUCAGCAUUUUAAC